UCUUCCUUUUAAAACAGUGAAGAACAGAGUAACAAGUAUAGAUUUCUCACCGACACAAAGUCGAGAUCGUAUCUCCCGUUAUUGCACUACACUACGAGUUCUCAGUGGCAAAAAGCCAAGUAAUAGCCAUGGAGGCUCAAACGCAGAUGCAACAGCUUGUUCCGGUGUUUAAUGGAAACGAAUAUGAGCUUUGGAGUAUCAAAAUGAGAACCUUAUUGAUGUCCCGUGACCUAUGGGAUGUUAUAGAUAGUGAAACCUCGGAUCAGCCUAUGGAAGAAGAGUUGGUUAAGUCACAGAGAAUCAAGGAUAUGUCGGCACUUUACAUGCUUCAAAUGUCGGUAACAGACACAAUCUUUCUUCGGAUAACAAGAGCUACCUCGUCGAAGCAAGCAUGGGAACUUUUGAAGGCGGAGUUCGGAGAAACCGAGAGUAUUCGGGAUAUGAAGAAACAGAAUGUUGGGAUGAUGUAUGAGAAUUUGAUAAUGGGAGAAGAAGAAAGUGUUGAUGAGUUUGCUUGGCGAGUGAUGGAUCUUGCGAACCGGCUAAGGUUCUAUGGAAGAAACAUUCCUGAUGAUGAUGUCAUCUUUAGGAUUAUUACGAAGUUACCCGCCAGUUUUAAGGAGUCUGUAUCAUACAUUCGAACUUUAAAAGACGCUACUAUCACUGAGAUUGUUGAGAUGUUGCGAGGUGAUGAGUGGGGGCAAAGGCUUAUGGAUGAAGAAGCUUCCGGGAGUGAGUUUUGCAGGAAGAAGGGUCAUGAAACCUCAGAAUGCUAUUCAAAGAACAAGAAAGUCAGGCGGUAGAGAGAUCAUUGGUCGUUUGCAUAAUUUUAGCUAAAGAAGCAUGUAAAAGUUGUUAAUCCAGCAACCAAAAGAGUGUGCUGUGUGUUUGUUAUUGUGGAUGAAAUGCACUCGCAAUUCAUAUGUUAUAUUAUCUUGGAAGGCAACAUUUUAUGAUUAUUUUUAAA